AUGUGGUUGAAUCGUGCUAGAACCAAUGACCAAUUGCGAUUAUUAAUUAACGAACGUAAAUCUAAUAAUACUGAAUACCAUAAUAUUGUUGGUAGUAGCAGAGUUGAUUUUUGGAAUGAUGUCGCAAAUAAAAUUAACGAACAAUUCCACACUAAUUAUACUGGUCAUCAAUGUAAGGACAAGUUUCGAAAUCUUGUUAAUAGCCAUAAUUCAUUGUGUCGCUAUAUGGCUGGAAAUAGAAAUGGACGAAGAACCAGAGUUGCUGAGAAAUAUUUUGAUGAAUUUCGUUCUCGCUUUUGGGAGAGACCGGAAAUGCAAUUCGACCAAAUUCAUAAUGUAAACCGAUCAUCCAGAAGACGGGAAGAAGAAGUGUCGUCAAUGCUAGAUCGUCGUGAAGUUUCUGCUAGUCAUAGGGAUCAAUCCGCAUCUCCAACCCGAAGAACUCCUGGCAGAAGAGACGAAACUAUUAAUCAAGAUAAUGCGAGUAAUGUAAAUGAUGCGGGUGGGAAUUUAGAUAAUAACACAAAUAAUGUGGGUGGAAAUUUAGAUAAUGCGACAUACUCAUCUUCAUCUGAGUUAGCAAAUAUGGCCUCAAACCUUAAUAUAUCUGCACCACGGAAUGACAGUUAG